GUACUCACCACUAUUCAGGAAGGAUAUGAAUGUGUCGAGAGCGCACUUGACGGAGGUUCUCAGUCUUUCAAGGAGUUCACUUCUCCUUUUGCUCAUCAGCACUUGAGGGUAAGGUGCUAAGAGGCUGCUACCCAGGGCUCCCUAUUGCUUUGCGGUUAAUCAGAUACAGUAUGGACGGCAGUGGCAGUGGCUGGACUGGAGGUCUGCUGCCCUCUGUAAGCGAGAAGACCACAGAGGGGCACUCAGUCUUUGAGAUGGCUGUUCAGAAUGACUCGGCCAACCACAGCUCCCUCUUUGCAGACGUGGCUCUGCUGCAGAGCUUCAAGCUGCUCAUCAUCCCCUGCUACUCCCUGGUGGUGGUGGUGGGUGUGUUGGGGAACUACCUGUUGCUCUACGUCAUCUGCCGCACUCGCAAGAUGCACAAUGUCACCAACUUCUUCAUAGGGAACCUGGCCUUCUCAGACAUGCUGAUGUGUGUGACCUGUGUACCCUUCACCCUGGCCUAUGCAUUCAACCCUCGUGGCUGGGUGUUUGGGAGGUUCAUGUGCUACUUGGUGUUCCUGAUCCAGCCGGUUACCGUCUAUGUGUCUGUCUUCACCCUCACCGCCAUCGCUGUUGACAGGUACUACGCCACUGUGCAUCCUCUGAAGAAGCGCACCUCUGUGUCCACCUGUGCUUACGUCCUGUCAGGGAUCUGGCUGCUGUCCUGUGGCCUGGUGGCUCCGGCCGUGGCCCACACGUACCACGUGGAGUUCAGAGAGGAGGGCCUCACUAUCUGUGAGGAGUUCUGGCUGGGACAGGAGAAGGAGAGGCUAGCCUACGCCUACAGCACCCUGCUGGUUACCUACGUCCUGCCACUCUCCGCUGUCUGCACCUCCUAUCUCUGCAUCUCUUUCAAGCUGAGGAACUGCGUGGCGCCGGGACAUCGGUCCCGAGACCAGGCAGAGGCACAGCGAGCCCGAAAGCGGAAGAUCUUCCGUCUGGUGGCGUUAGUGGUGGCGGCCUUCGGGGUGUGCUGGCUGCCCAUCCAUGUGUUCAACGUGCUGCGUGACAUCGAUAUCCGCCUAAUCAACAAGCGCCACUUCCUGCUCAUUCAGCUGCUGUGCCACCUGUGUGCCAUGAGCUCCUCCUGCUGUAACCCCUUCCUGUAUGCCUGGCUGCACGACCGCUUUCGUGCUGAGCUGCGCAAGAUGUUCACCUGCCACCACCGCAUUGGCAUCCCCACCAACCACUGUGCUAUGGCCAGUGUGGUCCUCUGACUACGCAGGGACAAGGAGAUAGAAGAGACACAAGGCCUCUGAUACCUGUGUAAGCAUGUUGUAGGUCCAAUUUCCUGAUAAUGUUCAUGUUUGUUGGUGACCUAAUGUAGACAUAACAAGAGAUCAUCAUUAACAAUACAGGAAAUCUUGGACUAACAGGUGAUUAUAGAGAUAUGAGGUGGUUUCCUCAUUGUUCAUAGGUAAACAAAUCAAUUGAACAUAAAUUAGGUGAUUGACUGGAAAUAAUCAAUAAAUUAGCAGAUUGAACAACAAUAAGAAGGUGACAUUCAAGAGACAAAAAGAGCAAGAGACGAGAGAGAGCGAGAGAGAGAGAGAAAGAGAGAGAAAUAGAGAGAGAAAGAGAGGGAGGGAAGAAAAGAGGUGGCAGGAACUUUCCGUUUCAAGUUUUGGAAUAUAAAAGGCAAUUAUGCAUACAGACAAUGUUCAACUAAUCUCAGUUACCCAGAAGUAAAAUUCUAGCGAAAGUUGUUACUUCCCGUCAAUCUGUCCACGAGAGAUUAAUGUUUAACACAAGGAGAACAGUAGCAAACAGGAAAAUCUGAAUCCACAAAAUGUUGUCAAUGCUCAUAAUAGGUCUUGUAAAUAAUACCAUUAGUUAAGUAAUCAUCACAGUAGUUGCUACAGGAAGACAUCUUCCGUUCAUCCAGAUGGACAGCUGUCUGCUGAGGUUAGAGCGCAGCACUCAGUGGACAGACUAUACAAUGUCAACUCAACUCAGUGUCCAGUAUGCUUCUGUCUGUUGUGUUAAUAGUCAACUACAGGUUUGGUCCCCAGACUGGUCAGCCUGGUCUCAUAGACUAGAUGUAACAUAGUAAAUGUAAAUCUGUAAAGACCCAAAUUAGUAUGAUAUGAUACAUUUGGUAUGGUUACAAACAGAAAGUAGGGUGGUUGGUCGGGGUGGAUGGGUUCUAAAGCGAACAUCUACUAACCCAAGGUUUGAUGUUUGAAUCUUAUCACGGACAACUUUAGCUAAUUAGCAACUGUGCAACUACUUACUACUUUGUAACUACUUAGUAUUUGACCUUCCCCUAAUCAUAACCCUAACCUUAACCCUUUAACCUAACUCCUAACCCUCACCCUAACCUUAACCCUUUAACCUAACCCUAACCCAAAUCUAACCUUAACACCUAACCCCAGCAAAUGUUAGCCACCUAGCUAAUGUUAGCUACAACAAAUUGGAAUUCGUAACAUAUCAUAUGUUUUGCAAAUUCAUAACAUACUGUACGAAUUGCAAUUCAUAAUAUAUUGUACAAAUGCAAUUCGUAAUGCAUCAUACAAAUUACAAUUCGCAAUAUAUCAUACAAAAUUGAUAAUGGACAUCCACAAAUGAAUACAUACCAUACCCAGAAGUCAAAUAUCAUACUAAUUGAAGUAACUUGGAUUUACAUUUACUAUGUUACGGCUACCCGAGUCCAGGUUGGACUGCACAUCCCUGGAGCACUGCUGAAUGAUGUGAUUACAGACAUCUCUGUCUGCAACCUGUGAAUAAACAUGCUUAAUAAAACAGUAGGUGAGCUUUUUUCCCCUAUGGUUAAAUUCUUAAUUUUUAUUGCAGUCUUCUCAGUCUCUUACAUAUCUUUGUUUGUGGGAAAUGUACCACGCCUCUGAAAAUAGUCAUUCAGAAUUAGGUGUUUGUUAGGCAUUUGCGAAGGUCAUGCUUGCCACUGCAUGAUUGCAUUAUUGACUGAUUAUCAUAACUCCAGAAACUUUCACUGAGGUGUUGAUUCUCAUUGUUUUUUAGACAAACCACAAGACUGCCCACUUUCAAUACAUUUAAGCAAAAUGUCAUGGUGGUUUGCUGAAGUUGUCGUGUGUCCCUUUGUAAUAAAUGGCCUUCUGUGGUUUGUGUCAUGCUAUAUAAAAUGCCUGUCCUUAUUAAGUGAUUGCAUGCAAUUAUGUGUAAAAUUCUCAAUAAACGAAC